CCCGAGUCGAGAGAGAGAGAGCUUAAAACCCUUUGGCUGCGCCUCACCCAAUCCUAAAACCUUAUCUCUUCCAAUGGAUUCUUCUUCUCUUCCCCAAACCUCUCUUCCUCCCGCUUCCGACUCUGAGAACGAUGAUGGCUUCUUAAGCGGUGAAGAGUCCGAUUUCGAGCCCGAGCCCACCAGGCCCGUUCUCGUCAACUCUUCUUCUCAGCCCCCUCAUGAGCCCGUCUUCGAUUCUCCUCCCCACAGACCCAUUGCGAAGGUGUCCGGGGACGAUGAUGAUGAUGAUGAUGACGGUUCCAUUGUUGAGGACGCGGACGACGACGUCGUUUUGGAGGAAGGCGGUGAGAAAGAGGAAUCGGGUGAGGCGGUGAAGGAUGGGGAAGUUAGCGAUAGUAACGAGGUCUUUGUGGAGGCCUCUGGCGGUGAUGAUGUUGCUGUUGAGAAUGGAGUCGAAUUCAGUGGCGCUGAUAAAGGGUUUGAGGGUGCUGCUGUUGAAUUGAAUGAGAAAGAGGACAAAGUUAAUGACGGUGGGACCGAUAAUUCGGAUUCUGAAGUUGUGGUGGACGAGAAGAAGGGUGAGGGUGUUGAUGUUGAAAAGGAUGAUGAUGGUGGUGGUGGUGUGGAUGCUGCUGUUGAUAACGUCGAGGUUAAUGUGUUGGGGUCUGGGGAUGAUGUAGGGGUUGAGGAGUCUCAGAUUAAAGGGCUAGACGAGGCCGCGGUGAGUCUGGAGAAUGGUUUUGAGCCCAUUGAGAAGGGUGAGGAGGAGGUUGUUGAUGGGGGUGAUGAGUCUGCCGUUGGCCCUGUACAUGACGGUCAAUCGGGUACUGAAGGUGUUGGUGUUGGUGAGAAUGGAGUUGAAGGGGAUGGGUUGAAGAGUGACAUUGAUGUUCCUCCUGAGGAAGGUGGUGGAGGUUCGGAGUUUGUUGAGAAAAAUGAAGUAAAGAUGGAGGGUGAUGUUGGUCAACAUGGUGACAGGGAGAUUGAUGAUUCGGUGUUGGAUGGGGAAAUUGGGAGCCAUGUGGAGGAGAUUGGUGGCAAUGGUGAGAGGGAGAUUAAUGGUUCGGUGUCGGAUGAGAAGGGUGAUGGACUGGUGUUUGGAAGCACUGAGGCUGCCAAUAAGUUCCUGGAGGAUUUGGAAUUACAUCAAUCGCGUGAUGCUGAGAGGAUUGUUACUGACUCGGACGAAGAAGAGGAGUCUGACGAUGAAGGAGAAGGCAAGGAGCUGUUUGAUACUGCUACAUUGGCAGCUCUUUUGAAAGCGGCAUCGGGUGCGGACCAAGAUGGCGGCAGCAUCACAAUAACCUCUCAAGAUGGGUCCAGGCUUUUCUCUGUUGAGCGCCCUGCUGGCUUGGGAUCACCGCUCCAGUCAGGUAAACCUGCCGUGAGGCAAACUCGUCCGAGUCUUUUUACUCCUUCCAUGAGUAGACCUAGUGCCAUUUCUGAUAGCAAUUUGAGCCAAGAGGAGAAAAAUAAACUGGAGAAAUUGCAUGAAAUUAGGGUCAAAUACUUGAGACUAGUUCAUAGGCUGGGUUUUACUACAGAAGAAUCAAUAGCAGCACAGGUGCUGUAUCGGAUGACACUUGUUGCAGGCAGGCAAAGUGGUCAAAUGUUUAGCGUAGAGUCUGCAAAGGAGACUGCUUCGCGUCUUGAAGCUGAGGGAAGAGAUGAUUUUGAUUUUUCUGUAAAUAUUCUGGUUCUUGGGAAAGCAGGUGUGGGCAAGAGUGCUACAAUAAAUUCAAUUUUCGGCGAGACAAAGACCAGCAUUAAUGCUUGUGGUCCUGCUACUACUUCUGUGAAAGAAAUUGUUGGGGUGGUUGAUGGAGUGAAGUUAAGGAUUUUUGACACACCAGGCCUCAAAUCUUCUGCAUUGGAACAAAAUUUCAAUAUGAAAGUCCUGUCUGCGGUGAAGAAAUUGACUAAAAAAUCUCCCCCUGAUAUUGUCCUCUAUGUGGAUCGCCUGGACCUGCAAACUAGAGAUAUGAAUGACCUGCCUAUGUUAAGAUCAAUUACUAGUGUCCUGGGUUCAUCAAUAUGGCGAAAUGUCAUAGUCACUCUGACCCAUGCUGCCUCUGCUCCUCCAGACGGGCCAUCAGGUGCCCCAUUGAGUUAUGAAGUAUUUGUUGCUCAAAGAUCUCAUACAGUUCAACAAACCAUUGGACAAGCUGUUGGGGACCUACGUCUUAUGAAUCCGAGCUUAAUGAAUCCAGUUUCUCUUGUUGAAAACCAUCCUUCUUGUCGAAAAAAUAGAGAUGGCCAGAAGGUGCUUCCUAAUGGUCAAAGUUGGAGACCUCUCUUGUUGCUCUUAUGCUUCUCAAUGAAGAUUCUCUCUGAUGCUAGUAACUCUACAAAAACUCAAGAAUCAUUUGACCACCGCAGGCUGUUUGGUUUUCGUCCCCGCUCCCCACCACUUCCAUACUUGUUAUCUUCGUUAUUGCAGACACAUACAUACCCAAAACUCCCUGCAGAUCAAAGUGGGCCUGACAAUGGUGAUUCUGAUGUUGAAAUGGCUGAUUUAUCUGAUUCUGAUCUAGAUGAAGAUGAGGAUGAGUAUGACCAGCUCCCACCAUUUAAGCCUAUGAAGAAAUCUCAGGUUGCUAAGCUUACUAAAGAACAGCAGAAAGCAUAUUUUGAUGAGUACGAUUAUCGGGUGAAACUUCUACAGAAAAAGCAAUGGAGAGAGGAGUUGAGAAGGAUGAGAGAGAUGAAGAAAAAAGGUAACACAAAAGAAAAUGACUAUGGUUACAUGGAAGAAGAUGAUCAAGAGAAUGGAAGUCCAGCAGCAGUGCCAGUUCCAUUGCCUGAUAUGGCCAUGCCACCAUCCUUUGACAGUGACAAUCCAGCCUAUAGAUACCGUUUCUUAGAGCCAACUUCACAACUCCUGACAAGGCCAGUCUUAGACAACCAUGGAUGGGAUCACGAUUGUGGUUAUGAUGGUGUAAACAUUGAACAGAGUCUAGCUAUCAUCAAUAAAUUCCCAGCAGCUGUCACUGUUCACGUAACAAAGGAUAAGAAAGACUUCACCAUCCAGUUGGAUUCCUCAGUUGCUGCAAAACUUGGAGAGAAUGGAUCAGCCAUGGCAGGCUUUGACAUUCAAAGCGUUGGAAAGCAGCUAUCUUACAGUGUUAGAGGAGAGACAAAAUUGAAAAAUUUCAAAAGAAAUAAAACUUCUGCUGGGGUGUCUGUGACAUAUUUGGGUGAAAAUGUGUGUACUGGGCUGAAAGUUGAGGAUCAGAUUGCUGUGGGGAAACGCUUGGUAUUAGUGGGUAGCACAGGGGUUGUGAAGUCUAAAACUGAUUCUGCUUAUGGUGCCAACGUUGAAGUGAGGCUUAGAGAGGCAGAUUUUCCAAUUGGCCAGGACCAGUCUUCACUGAGCCUUUCUCUUGUGAAGUGGAGGGGAGACCUUGCUUUAGGGGCCAAUCUUCAGUCCCAAAUUUCUGUUGGACGAGGUUAUAAGGUGGCUGUUCGUGCUGGAUUGAACAACAAGCUCAGUGGACAGAUCACUGUGAGAACAAGUAGCUCAGACCAGCUUCAGAUUGCCCUUGUUGCUAUCCUUCCGAUUGCCAAGGCUAUCUACAAAAACUUCUGGCCUGGGGCUAGUGAGAAUUAUUCUAUCUACUAGAUUGUGUCUUUUGUUUGCGUUGCUAGCAAGGAAAAGUAGACUACGAGUUUAUCAUAUCGUGUUGCUUCUUUUCAUGACUGUCUUAAAUAAUGAGUUUUUUUUUUAGUUUCGUCUAGACUAUUGAAUCUCCUGCUAUAUUAGUGCUUUUAUGUGCCUGAAAAUUGUUCUGCUAUUGAGAUGGAACCUACAAGGAAUUGAUUCAUAAAUUUUGUUAGCAUCUAUUUUUGAAUAAUGUUGAUAUAAGAUUAUGCUGUUAUUCCUGA